UGGCUGCAGCUUCCCAUGGAGCAGCCCAGGGGCCGCCCCAACGUUCAGCCUUUCCCUCUGGAUUUUCUAGAAGAUUCAACAGUGAGACACAUUCCACUUUCCCUUCAUCCCAGGAAGGAGAAUCUGCAAAGUGCCUUUUAAAGUUCCUUAAGGAAGGAGCCAUCACAGCUAAAAUGAAGCCCAAGGAAGAAAAAGUGAAAAUCAUUACAGAGGAGUUCAUUGAAGACAGUGAGGAUGCAGAUGAGCGAAGACAGAAGAGGACCACGAAGGUUCCAAGACAAAAAGGAAAGAAGCAGCUGUCGGCUGCUGGCCCCAAGGAAAUGGUGUCUGAAAAAUCCCAUCCAGAUGACCAGCAGGAGCCCGUGCAGGAAGGUUCUGACACUCGCCUCCUGGGCAUGACGAGCCGACGAGGCCCACGGAGCUUACCUCCAAUUCCUUCAGCUUCCAGAACAGGCUUUGCAGAAUUUUCCAUGAGAGAACGCAUGAGGGAGAAAUUACAAGCUGCAAGGUCCAAGGCAGAAAGUGCGUUGCUGCAGGAAAUUCCCACACCUCGGCCCAGGCGCUUACGACGUCCCAGUGAGAAAGAACUGGAGACUGAAUUUGGCACAGAGCCAGGUAGAGAGGUACAAAGGACUCAACAAGAAGAUGACUCCCAAGGUUUUUCAAGAGUAAAAUUCCAUGAUUCUGUGCGAAAAAUCAAGUCGAAACCCCCGGUUCCACCUGGCUUCCCUUCUGCUGAGGAAGCUUAUAACUUCUUUACUUUCAACUUUGAUCCCGAACCAGAGGAAUCAGAGGAAAAACCAAAAGCAAAAAGUAGAGAUGGAACUAACCAAGAGGAGAAGGAAGGAGAGGAAGAAGAGCCACCUGUGCAAGAAGGAGUAAACAAAACGGAUGAGGAAGAGCUGCUCAAUGGCAGGGAUGCUGAGGAUCUCCUAUUGGGCUUAGAUCACACAGCUGAAGAUUUUGUGGCAGUCAGACCUGCGGAUUAUGAAAGUGUCCACAUUCGUCUGCAGAUGGAAAAAGAACUCCUGUUCAUACCCAGCAGGUUGCCAGUGCCUACGUAUAAAAAGCUUCCUGAGAAUGUGCAGCCCAGGUACCCGGAAGACGAAGGUCUUUACAUCGGUGCAAGGCUGGAGGUGCCGAGAACCAACCAGAACAUCAUGGAGAACAGGUUGCUGAUGCAGGAGCCCGGGAGGAGAUGGUUCGGAGAUGAUGGAAGAAUCCUAGCGCUGCCAAACCCCAUCAAGCCAUUUCCUUCAAGACCACCCAUGCUGACACAGGAGCAAGACAUUAAGGCAGAACUCAAAACACUGUAUAAAAAGGCAGUAAAAUACAUCCACAGAAGUCAGCAUUUGAUUGGAUCUGGAGACCCUCCUGGAAAUUUCCAACUGGACAUUGAUAUUUCGGGGUUAAUCUUCACACAUCAUCCCUGUUUUAGCCGAGAGCAUGUUUUGGCAGCCAAACUGGCCCAGUUAUAUGACCAGUACCUUGCAAGACGCCAGAGACACAAGGCACAAUUUCUUACCGACAAGCUCCAAGCUCUAAGAAAUGCUGUUCAGAUGGGCCUUAAUCCAGCAAAAACUCCUAAACCUCUUGAAACAACCCCCAAAACCAUCAAUGAGUAUAAAUCUGAAAUUCGGCAAACAAGAAAACUGCGUGAUGCUGAACAAGAAAAAGAUCGAACAUUGCUUAAGACCAUCAUAAAAGUCUGGAAAGAGAUGAAAUCCCUUCGAGAGUUCCAGAGGUUUACAAAUACACCCUUGAAACUUGUUUUGAGAAAGGAAAAGGUUGACCAGAAAGCUGAUGAAGAAGCAUAUGAAGCAGAAAUUCAGGCCGAGAUAAGUGAAUUGUUGGAAGAGCACAUGGAAGAGUACGAACAGAAGAUGGAGGAAUACAGAAGUGCACAGCAGCAGUGGAAAGCCUGGAAGAAAGCCCAGAGGGCCAAAAAGAAGAAAAAGAAACAAGCAGUCGAAGAACAUCCUGAUGAGAUGAAGGAGCCAGAUCCCGGGGAGGAGCCUGUGAAACCUGUCCCUCCAGAGCCCACAGAUUGGGCUGUGAUAGAGCAACAGGUGAGGGAGAGAGCAGCCCAGAGCCGGAGGAGGCCAGGGGAGCCCACGCUGGUCCCAGAGUUGAGCCUUGCAGGGAACGUGACACCCAACGACCAGUGUCCCAGGGUGGAGGUCUUGCGAAGGGAGGAUGUCAAGAGGCGCUCGCUGUAUUUAAAGGUGACCUUCAACAACAAGGAAGUGUCCAGGACCGACAGUCGGCCACUUGGGGCUGACUUCCGUGUUCACUUUGGACAGAUUUUCAACUUGCAAAUAUUCAACUGGCCGGAGAGUUUAACACUGCAGGUAUAUGAAACAGUUGGACACAGUGGUACCACCUUGCUAGCAGAAGUGUUUCUGCCUAUUCCUGAAACUACUGUUGUCACUGGAAGAGCUCCCACUGAAGAAGUGGAGUUUAGCAGUAACCAGCAUGUGACACUGGACCACGAGGGAGUCGGCAGUGGAGUACCCUUCUCAUUUGAAGCUGAUGGUAGCAAUCAACUGAUUCUAAUGACCUCAGGGAAAGUGUCCAACAGUGUGGCAUGGGCCAUUGGAGAAAAUGGGAUUCCUUUAAUUCCUCCAUUGUCACAGCAGAAUAUUGGAUUUAGAAGCGCUUUGAAGAGAGCAGAUGCCAUCUCAUCUAUUGGCACAUCAGGACUGACAGACAUGAAAAAAUUGGCCAAGUGGGCAGCCGAGUCCAAGCUUGACCCCAAUGACCCCAGCAAUGCCCCUUUGAUGCAGCUCAUCUCGGUUGCUACCAGUGGCGAAUCCUACAUCCCUGAUUUCUUUCGACUGGAACAGCUACAACAGGAAUUUAACUUUGUUUCAGAUGAGGAAUUAAACAGAUCCAAACGAUUCAGGCUUCUUGGUCUUAGAAGCCAAGAGGUGCCAGAAUUCCGAAAUUAUAAACAAAUUCCAAUGUAUGACCGAGAAAUUAUGGAAAAGGUAUUCCAGGACUAUGAGAAACGGUUACGAGACAGAAAUGUAAUUGAAACGAAGGACCACAUAGAUACCCACAGGGCCAUAGUAGCCAACUACCUCCAGCAGGUUAGAGAAUCAGUGAUAAAUCGUUUUCUAAUUGCAAAACACCACUUUCUUCUUUCGGAUUUGGUAGUAGAAGAAGAAGUUCCCAAUAUCAGCAUUUUGGGCCUGAGCCUUUUCAAGCUGGCAGAACAAAAACGACCACUGAGGCCAAGGAGAAAAGGUCGGAAGAAGGUGACAGCCCAAAACCUGUCCGAUGGAGACAUAAAGCUGCUGGUGAACAUUAUCCGGGCUUACGACAUUCCAGUGAGGAAGCCAACAACAAGCAAAUUCCAGCAGCCAUCAAGAUCUUCAAGGACUUUCAGCGAAAAGCAUGCUGCUUCCCCAAACACACAAAGCCCAACCCACAGUGCUGACUACCCCCUCGGCCAGGUUUUAGUACGUCCUUUUGUAGAAGUUUCAUUUCAGCGAACAAUUUGCCAUACAACUACAGCUGAAGGUCCAAACCCCAGCUGGAAUGAAGAACUUGAACUUCCAUUUAGGGCCCCCAACGGGGAUUACAGCACCACCAGUUUGCAGUCAGUGAAAGAUGACGUGUUCAUCAACAUUUUUGAUGAAGUUCUAUAUGAUGUCUUAGAGGAUGACCGUGAAAGAGGAAGUGGAAUCCACACCCGUAUUGAGAGACACUGGUUGGGAUGUGUGAAAAUUCCAUUUAGCACGAUAUAUCUCCAGGCAAGGAUUGAUGGGACAUUUAAAAUCAAUAUCCCCCCAGUUCUUCUGGGCUACAGUAAGGAGCGAAGUGUGAUUAUUGAGCGGGGUUUUGACGCUGUCCGAAGCCCGAGUGAAGGCUCCUACAUCACGCUGUUCAUUACCUUGGAGCCUCAGCUGGUUCCUGGGGAGUCAGUUCGAGAAAAGUUUGAUUCUCAGGAAGAUGAGAAAUUGCUUCAAGCAACUGAGAAGUUUCAAGCUGAAUGUGCCUUAAAGUUUCCAAAUCGUCAGUGCCUUACAAGAGUGGUUGACAUUAGUGGGAAAACCGUCUUCAUUACUCGUUAUAUCAAGCCUUUAAAUCCUCCUCAGGAGCUCCUUAACACUCACCCCAACAAUCCCCAGGCAACAGCAUCAGUAACUCUUCUUGCCUGUUCACUCGAUGCCAGCCCUGUAUGCCAGCUGUUGUGCUGUACUACUGUACUUUUCAAGGAACUGGUGGCUCGAUAUGUGUCUUUGAUUCCUUUCUUGCCUGACACUGUUUCAUUUGCUGGCAUCUGUGACCUGUGGAGCACAUCUGAUCAAUUUCUUGAUCUCCUGGCAGGAGACGAAGAAGAGCAUGCAGUAUUACUGUGUAAUUACUUCCUCUCCCUGGGUAAGAAGGCCUGGCUGGUGAUGGGCAAUGCUAUUCCUGAGGGUCCAACUGCCUAUGUGCUAACGCGGGAGCAAAGUCACUAUUUAAUAUGGAAUCCCUGCAGUGGACGUUUUUAUGGACAAUUUGAUACAUUCUGCCCCUUAAAAAGUGUGGGCUGUUUAAUAGGUCCCGAUAAUAUUUGGUUUAAUAUUCAACAAUAUGAUUCCCCAUUAAGGAUGAAUUUUGAUGUCACCAAGCCCAAGCUAUGGAAAUCUUUCUUUUCAAGAAGCCUUCCAUAUCCUGGCCUUUCCAGUGUUCAGCCAGAAGAGCUAAUUUACCAGCGCACUGACAAAAUGGCUGCAGCUGAACUACAAGACAGGAUUGAAAAAAUACUAAAAGAAAAAAUCAUGGACUGGAGGCCUCGACAUCUGACUCGGUGGAAUAGAUACUGUACCUCUACUCUGCGUCACUUCUUGCCUCUAUUAGAAAGAAAUCAUGGAGAAGAUGUGGAAGACGACCACAGAGCAGAACUGCUGAAACAGCUAGGAGACUACAGGUUCUCUGGAUUUCCCCUUCACAUGCCAUACUCUGAAGUGAAGCCUUUAAUUGAAGCUGUGUACAGCACUGGAGUACAUAAUAUUGAUGUGCCUAAUGUUGAAUUUGCUUUAGCUGUAUAUAUCCACCCAUAUCCCAAAAAUGUUUUGUCUGUUUGGAUCUAUGUUGCCUCCCUUAUACGCAACAGAUAAUUUUUUCAUUGUAUGUUUUAUAUCA